AUGAGGCUCUUUACGGGGCUGAUCGCGCUUCUACCGGUUGUGGCCGCAGCAGAAGACUUGAGCCGACCCACGGUUGAUCUUUCCUACGCCCGAUACCAGGGCACGCAUAACUCGACCUUGAAUCUCAACAUCUUCCGAGGCAUUCGAUACGCGGCUGCCCCAACAGGUGCCCUUCGAUGGCAACUACCUCAGGCACCAGAAAGCAGCAACAAGUCUGGCAACAAUAGUGAGAUCACGCCUGCUACGUCCGAUCCGCCCCGUUGCCCAUGGGCACGCCGUUCUCUGCAGUAUCCCAAGACCGCAUCCGAGGAAGCCUCUUUGAAAUCGUUCAAUUUCACAGGUGACGAGGACUGUCUCUUUCUGAACGUCUUUGCCCCUGCAGAUGCCAAGAACCUGCCUGUUAUCGUUUGGAUCCACGGCGGCGGUUACAGCCUUGACUCGGCGGCUUCGUUUGAUUUCUCUGCUCAGAUUGCGACCAACAAUAACACCUACAUCGCUGUCGUGAUCCAAUAUCGACUGGGAGCAUUUGGCUUUCUAUCAUCGGAUGAAGUUGCGGCCAACGGCACUCCUAAUGCCGGCUUGCAUGACAUGGUGUAUGCGCUUCGUUGGGUCAAGAAAAACAUCUGCAAGUUCGGCGGAGACUCAAGAAAAGUGACGGUAGCUGGACAAUCCGCCGGAGCUGGAGCGAUCCUAAAUCUAGCUACGACGCAUGAGGCAGAUGGUUUGUUCAGAGGUGUGAUUGCAAGCAGUCCAUACAUGGCAACUCAGCCUCAAUUCGAUGGCGCUCGGCCCACAAAGCAAUACCAAAGUCUGGCUGAGCGUGUUGGGUGCACAACCGCGAAAGACUCCACUUCUAUCUUUUCAUGCCUGCAAAACGUCGACUCAGUCACUCUUCAAAAUGCGAGUGACUGGGUGAGUACACAGGGUCGCUACGGGCAGUGGGCAUGGGGCCCAGUGAUUGAUGGGAAACUCGUCAAGGACAUUCCUCCGAAUCAACUUGCGAAGGCCAAGGCCCACGGCGUAAAUCUGCUCACCAGCAAUGUUGCGGACGAGGGUCCGUAUUUCACCCCGCAGAACAUUACAUCCCAGGCAGGCUUUGUAUCGUUCUUGCAGACGACCUUUUCCAAGCUGGCGACAAGCAACAUUACAGAUAUUCUUGCGACGUACACUCAGAAACACGAAGAAUUCCUGGCAGUGAAUUCGAAGGACGCAAACAACACUGACCCGGGUUUUCAAACCAAUGGCCUUGACUCGCCUUUCGCCACAACCGUAUCCAACUAUGCCACGGGUUGGCAGCAAGUAGCCAACAACUUUUACGCGGAAGCCACGUUCAUGUGCCCAUCGCACUGGCUCGCAGACGCAUACGCAUCAAAGCCGGGAGGGCAGGCAUGGCGAUACCAGUUUAGCGUACCGCCUGCGUAUCAUGGUCUAGACGUGGGCUCUGGAAGUACCACUGAUGUGCUUCUCGCGGAUGUGAACACAUCUAACACAUCCAUCCCGGCGCCCCUUCGACGGGGUUUGCAGGUCGCAUGGGGCGACUUCAUUGUUCACGGAGCCCCAACACUGCGCGGUGCUGACUUAAAUAUCACUGCUUGGCCUCAAUGGAAGAAGGAUGGACGUGGUGUUGCCCAGAUGUUGAACACGAACACCACAGGGGGUGUGCCGAUUGAAAAGCAGUCCUCCUUUGACGGCAUGGUCACUUUACAAAUCACCAGUUAUGCACCUGGCAGCGACAACGACCCACCAAUGAAGACCAUGUUAGAUAUUGUGGAUGGGGACAAGUGGGAGGAUGCUGAAUAG